AUGAAUUAGAUGCUUUGCAAAGUCUUAUAAAAAGGACUUAAAGAAAUUAAAGAAUAAUUUAAUGAUAGGAAUAACUAUCCGAGUAAUUGGAUAAUAAAUAUCCAAAAAGCUAUGAAUGCCACUUGGAUUCAAGACUUUGAUACAUAUUACACUUAUGGAUAUAGAACACCUUAUACACUGUCUAAAUUAUUUGAAUCCACUACUUUUCAUCCAUUUUAUUGGAUUCUGAAAAUGAAGGAAUUGUAACUACUCAUCAACUUAAAAAUCAACAAACACUUAUAGAUUUAAGAUCUUGACAAUCCAAUUAAAAUUGAUUAAUCCUAAAAAAUUCUUAGAAAUGUUGUUCAAAAUCAACAAUUAGCCUAGCCAUUCAACUUUAAAUGA